UGGGUUCGUUGGGUGGCCCGUGUUUUAGUCAGUUGUAAUCGUGCUAUCCUCUAGUUGACACGUGCACCGCGUACGCGCGUUCGAUUUUGCGGUUCGAAUAUAUUUCCCCCUUCAACCUUCCUUCGUUCCCGUCGCUACCAGCUACACACAACGAUACUCACUUAGUUCACUUUCAGGUGUACAAAAGUGAAGUGUGCCAAAUUUUAUAGAAAAUAGUCAAAGUUAGCAGUUUGUAGUAAAGCAGUGCACAGUCAUCCUGAGACAUCAUCAUGUACAUGUACGAUCCUCCAACGAAAAACACUUUUACCUCCGUCGAAGAAUUCCAGGAGGCGUUCAACCUGUUCGACAACCGGGGUGAUGGCAAGAUCCAGCAGCAGCAAAUCGGCGAAUGUCUGCGGGCCCUUGGUCAAAAUCCGACGGAAUCGGAGGUGAAGAAGUUCACCAUGGCACUGAAGCCCGACGAGCGCGUUUCUUUCGAGGUGUUCCUACCGAUCUACCAGGGUAUCUCAAAGCAGCGCACCGCUGAGACGGCGGACGAUUUCAUCGAGGGUUUGCGCCACUUCGAUAAGGAUGCGAGCGGUUUCAUCUCGUCGGCCGAACUACGGCAUCUGCUGACGACGCUCGGUGAGAAGCUGGGUGACGAUGAGGUCGAGCAGCUCCUGCAAAACCAGGAAGACUCGCAGGGUAACGUGAACUACGAAGAGUUCGUGCGAAUGGUUAUGAGCGGUUAAGCACGGGGACAACGAGAAUAUACCCACAUUCGCGGUGGUUGGCAUGUCAAAGCGCGGGUACGCAUCAUCGUGUGAGGAAGGUCCCAUUGGUUGCAUCCUGCGACGUGAAACCGGAUCCGUGCCAAACCACCAACCAACCAGCACUAGCAUUAGGGUGAACCUUAGGGCCAACGAUCUGCAGCGUUCGUUUUGGGCAGGCGGAACGGAUAACAUUUACUUAAGCAUUACUUCAUUUUGCAUUCCCUGCGACACACUGCACGAUAGAUAUUUUGCAUUUCUAUGAGGUUUGCAGCUUCCAGGCUCCUCUACCACACAAAUCACAAGUAGUCGUUGAGUUGAGGUGUUUCUAGGCACUUCUUUAAAUUUCAUGCGUUUAAUGGAGGUUAUACGGCUCCUCGAAAAUUAAAAAGUAUUUAACUCGACUGUGACAAUAAGCCACAAUUGCUUUCUGUUAUUCGGAUAAUGUGUGUUUUUCCUCCAUUUGCGUUUAGUUGUUGAUCGCUUUUGUCGCCGUCUAUUACCGGAGUUACUAUCCGUAUUGGGUUAUUCCGAAAAUGUAUUCUGCGUGUCGGAGGCGCUGUUGAACAACGUCUCACUUGUAGCACAUCCAAUAACACAAACGAUUGAGUAAACCGCGUAACGAUCGGUGGAUGAGACGGGUGUUAAACAGACGAUUUAUUCGUCAUUGCGCCUUGCGUUGCGUUCUACACGCUGGAAACGAUUCAUUUUAACGAUUUCUGAAACAAUAAACUAUAGUUCUACGCUAGCAAUUAGCGAAACAACCACAA